GCCAUUCCGGGCCCGGGGGAGGGGGAGACGGGGGCGGCCCGGGGCAGCGGGGCCCGGGGGGGGGCGCGGGGGCGGCCCGGUGCCGGCGGGGCGGGGCGGGACAGCGGGAGACAAAGAAGGAAACUUCGGCGAAGAGCGAGAGUGCGGCCGGGACACCGGGAUCCGCCGGGACCCACCGGGAUACCGGGAUCCCCCGGGACCCCCCGAGACCCACCGGGACCCUUCGGGACUCCCCGAGACCCACCGGGACCCGCCGAGACCACCGGGACCGGCCGGGACACCGGGACCCCCCGAGACCUCCCGGGACCCCCCGGGACCCCCCGAGACCCCCCGAGACCCACCGGGACCGGCCGGGACACCGGGAACCACUGAGACCCCCCGGGACCCCCCUGGACACCGGGAACCACUGAGACCCGCCGGGACCCCCCUGGACACCGGGACCCCCCGGGACCCCCCGGGCCCCCCCGGGACACCGGGCCCCCCCCGGGCCGGGCCGGGCCGAGACGCCGGGAGGCCCCGGGCGGUUGGGACCCCCCCGUCGCGGCGGGAUGCGGCGGCGCUGAGCCGGUGUCCCCCGGAGCCGGUGUCCCCGGAGCCGCGGGCUCCCCGGCUUCGCAGCGUCCCCUGAGCGCCGGCGGCCCGGACGCCUGGGCCCCCCGGACGCCUGGGCCCCCCGGCAGGACCAUGAAGCUGCCGGCCGCCUGCCGCCGGCUGCAGGUGCUGGCGGCCGCCCUGGGCGUCUGCGUCACCGUCGGCUUCGUGCUGCAGCUCUUGGUGGGCCCCUUCCAGCGCAGGCCCCCCGCGGCGCCCGGCGGCCGCCCGCCGCAGCCCUGCCGGCCCCGCACCCACCUGGUCUUCCUGAAGACGCACAAGACGGGCAGCAGCAGCGUGGUGAACCUGCUGCACCGCUUCGGCGAGGCCCGCGGCCUCCGCUUCGCCCUGCCCCACCGCUACCAGUUCGGCUACCCCAGCCCCUUCCAGGCCGCCCGCGUCAAGGGCUACCGCCCCGGCGGGCCCCCCUUCGACAUCCUCUGCCACCACAUGCGCUUCAACCUGCCCGAGGUGCAGAAGGUGAUGCCCAACGACAGCUUCUACUUCUCCAUCGUGCGCGACCCCGGCACGCUGGCCGAGUCGGCCUUCGCCUACUACCGGGCCGUGGCCCCGGCCUUCCGGCGGGCGCCGUCGCUGGGCGCCUUCGUGGCGGCGCCGGGCCGCUUCUACGAGCCGACGGCCCGGGGCAACCACUACGCCCGCAACCUGCUGUGGUUCGACUUCGGGCUGCCGGCGGCGCCGGGCGGGGCGGCGGCGGUGGCGGCGGCGCUGGCGGGGCUGGAGCGGGUCUUCGCCCUGGUGCUGCUGGCCGAGCACUUCGACGAGUCGCUGGUGCUGCUGCGCGACGCCCUGUGCUGGGCCGAGGACGACGUGGCCGCCUUCGCCCACAACGGCCGCCGGGCGCCCGCCGCCCUCUCGGCCGCCCAGGCCGCCCGCCUCCGCGCCUGGAACGCCCUCGACUGGGCCCUCUACGCCCACCUCAACCGCUCCUUCUGGCGUCGCGCCGAGGCCUUCGGGGCGGCCCGGCUGCGCGCCGAGGUGGGCCGGCUGCGCCAGCGCCGCGCCGCCCUGGCCCGCCGCUGCCUGCGCGGCGGGGGGCCCGUGGCGGCGGCCGCCAUCGCCGAGGGCCGCCUCCGGCCCUUCCAGCCGCCGGGCCGCGCCGAGAUCCUGGGCUACGCCCUGCGCGCCGGGCUGCCGCCGGCCGAGCGCGAGCGCUGCGCCCGCCUCGCCACCCCCGAGCUCCAGUACAAGGACAUCCUCGACCGGCGGCAGUUCGGCAACGGCACGGCGCCGCCGGGGGCCUAGCGGGCGGCGGGGGGGGGGGGGAAUGCAAAGGGGCUGCCCCCCCCCUCGCCCCCCCCCGGACUGCGGAGCCCCGCGCGCGACGGCGCCGGGCCUCGGUUUACCUAAUCUGGGUAAUGGGUCCAUCGAAGCGUGCUGGGCAUCGGGGAGGCCGUGGCAUGGCGCCGGGCCGCGGUAUAUCUGAUCUGGGUAAUGGGUACAUCGGCCCCUGAAGGACGUUGGAGUGUCCCCGCAGGACAAUGCCGUGCCUCGGUUUACCUAAUCCGGGUAAUGGGUACAUCGAACCCCGAUGGGCGUCGGGGGGGUCCCCACGGUACAGUCCUCUGCCUCGGUUUACCUCAUCUGGGUAACGGGCGCAUCGAACCCUGGGGGGUUUUGGAGCCCCCGCCACGGUACGGCACCGUGCCUCGGUUUGCCUAAUCUGAGUGACGGGGGCACCGAGCCCUGAUGGGGAUCGGCACCUGCCCGCAGCACAGCCCCGUGCCUCAGUUUACCCGGUCUGGGUAAUGGGUCAUACUGGCCAUACUGGGAUUGGGGUCUCCUCGCGGUACCACCCUGUGCCUCAGUUUACCUGGUCUGGGUAAUGGUUCACAAUGGCUGUACUGGGAUUGGGGUCUCCUCGCGGUACCACCCCGUGCCUCAGUUUCCCCGGUCUGGGUAAUGGGUCACACUGGCCGUACUGGGAUUGGGGUCUCCUCGCGGUACCACCCUGUGCCUCAGUUUCCCUGCUCUCAGCAAUGGGUCCCCUUAGGCCUAAAAUGGCGCAGGGCUCCCUGCACACUACAGCCCCGUGCCUCAGUUUACCUGGGUCCCCGGUAACGGGGCAGGGACCCAGGGUGCCCCCAGGCUUAACGUAUAGCGGGAUCAGCCCGUGCCUGGGUAAUGGGCGCCCAAUCCUAGCAGAUUGGGGUCCCUCGUGGUACGGCCCCGUGCCUCAGUUUACCCGCUCUGGGUAAUGGGCACACCUAUUCCCGGGCGUCAUGGCGGGUCACAGCCUGCCCGUGGUGCGUCACGUGAUGCCGGUGCCACGUCAAACGCGUGUCAUAGCAUGUUCGUGGCGUGAGGGUGGAGCCCCGAGGGCGGGGCUUGGCCAGGCCCCGCCCCCGUCACGGCUUGCACCGUCCUAAUGGCAAUAAAAGCCCGAAGCAGACUGCUGA